GCAGCUAUUUAAUUCCGAACGUAAUUUAUCGUCACGGUCGGUCGAAUUCGUCGUAACGGUAAAAGUCUUUUGUUUUUCCCAAACCGAAGAGGUCGUUUUCGGGUGUGUGACUGUUCUGACCCUAUAAUCACUCGACCUUACAACCUAUCGACUGAAAAUGACUUUAUCGACGUCUCCCUUUCUUCAUAAGGAAAAGCAUACAUUUCCAUUUGUGUAUUAAUCAAGUUAAUUGUAAGCUGUUGGUUGGCAUCCAAUUACUUUCGCACGUAACGAACUGACUUAAUUAUACGCUAUUGCUACCUUUAAAAGAUGGGGAGAUGAUUAUCGAAACAUUGCUUUUUGUGUAUUUACGAACGAGUUUCGAACGAUAUCGGUAGAGGUGUAAUGAACCACUUCAUACAUUGGCCUGGGAUCAGAUGUAGAUUAAGAUAAAGAUAUCAACUUCCUUUAAGUGGACAGAUAAAGAGCUAGUUGCGUGAAUGUCAGUUCCGAACUUUAUAUUAAUUGACAUUGCGCGUUUUCAUGUAAAAUUCGUAUAAUACGUGUGUGUCUGUCUGAGCAAUAUUUUUAGUCUCACCUUAAGGGUACGAUGCAUAACUGAAGAGGCAUAAUCAAAGCAUCAGAACAGCUUAACUGUGACAAGGCCAAGGUUACACAAUGCGGAAGUAUAGACAGGUCGUUCGUAGUAGAUGCAGAACAAGUUUAUCGCAGCUUUCCAGACGGAAACUUUCCCUCAAAGAGAAGAGACUAAGAGAGAGCUGCCUUUCACUAACCCUUCGACAUGACAUCUCUUAAAACGCACUGACUGAUGCCAAUAUCUUCUAUAGUAAGAGUAAAAUAAUGAUGAAGUAUUUUAUUUUGAUAAUCGCAAUCGUUCAUCAAAUUUCGCUUCUCGAAAGUGUGGCACCGUCUUCUGGUAAUCAUUUUACCAAACCCGGUGGAAAUAAACUUAUCUCAAUUCAUAACGCUUGCAGCAGGAGAUCACUCAUGACCUUAUUGGUCAUGGAGGAACCGUUUUACGGUACUGUAUAUGCUAAAGGGUAUCCGAUGGAAUGUCGAGAAACAGGAAGCGGUUCUCGAGAACUUAGAAUCACUAUAGGAAUCGAUGAAUGUGGUACAAAAAUAACCGAAAAUGAGGAUGGAAGUUUAGUUUACGAAGUACUCCUAUACAUCCAGCACGACAGACAAGUACAGCUGGCUACAGAUGAGCAUGUGGCUGUAAGAUGCACGCCUAGGGAGAUUGUGGUUACCACUGCUACAGGUAAACAGUUACCUAAAGAAGCUAAACCAUCAGAGAUCGUCAAACCAUUAGAUUAUUGGAUGGACAUUAUGAAAGGAAGAAUGCCCGGACUUAAAAUUAUUACGGGUCACGUCGACGUAGGUGAAGAAGUGACUAUGAUCAUUAAAAUAAGACAGAAACCGGGAAUCGUAGCAAAAGUAACUAAUUGUUUGGCUCACGAUGGUUCUCGAGACAAUCAGCAACAGUUAACUGAUAGAAACGGAUGUUCGUUGGACUUCACUAUUUUACCGGAACUUCAAGAAAAAGUAAACGGCAGAACUGGAUUGAAAGUAGUCUACGCGACCUUUCCGGCAUUUAAAUUCCCCGAUAAAGACAACCUUCAUUUACAGUGUCGAGUUUUAAUCUGUAACGGCGUUUGUCCUCUGCAACCGUGCAACACCAAGGCCAAUGUCAGGUUUUCGAGAUCGUCCAAGGGUGUCCUCUACAGAAGGAAUAACAUUUUAAACGAGUUUAACGUAUUUAAUUCCGUAGAAGUGAAAGCACCGGCCAUAGAUGAUAACGAGUUAAUAAAAAACGUUCCAAAUAAAUCCGCUAAAGUUCAGCAUUUUAAGGCUGACAUGUUGUGUCUCAGCUCGACUAGGAUCGUAAUAGUGGUAUUAUUACUAUUAACUGUUCUCAUGGUCUCACUAGUCAUUACUAUUUGUAUGUGUGUCAGGACGCGAGAACUAAGAAGGAGAAUAUCGAAAAGAACUGGAAUGUCCUACCGAGUCAUGGAUUAUACGUGA